AUGGUCUCCAAGCUGCGUCGGCUCAUUGCCGACCAUGCAGACCUCCACAACAACGAACUUCCCCCGAAUUACCUCUUCUCCCCAGCAGAUACUGAAAACGAUGAUCUGAGCCAGCUGGUUGUGAUGCUCGCUGGACCACAAGGUACUCCAUAUUCAGCUGGGUUAUGGCGGUUGCAGCUUCGUAUCCCGGAAGAUUAUCCUGCAAGCCCACCCAAGGCCGCAUUCAAGACACGCAUAUGGCACCCCAAUGUCGAGGAGUCGACGGGUGCAGUGUGUGUGGACACUCUCAAGAGAGACUGGGAAUCCAAAUUGACAUUACGGGAUAUUCUUGUGACCAUAUCUUGCCUGCUCAUCCAUCCAAAUCCAGACUCGGCCUUGAACCCUAUGGCAGGCUCCCUGCUACAGGAUGACUACAAUGAAUUCGCCCGCCAAGCACGCUUGAUGACGUCGAUACACGCACCAGUACCAUUUGCUCUGAAACAAGCUGUUUUACAAGCCAAACAGCGAGGAGAAGAUCCUGAAAUGGCUGCUAGAUCCGAGAAUGAGCAGGAAAUUAUAGAACUACGACACCAACCCAAAUCAUCAUCGCUGGUCAUGAAGAAGAAGCAUUCGGAGAUAUCACCACCACAGCCCUCUAAUGCGGACGAAGACAUGGACGAUAUCGAGGACGACUGCAAGGAAAACGAUCCAUCAUUAUCACCGGAGCCGGUCCCUAUUCUAUCGUCUCAGCCUAAACGAAAUGGGCUUGCUAAAAAGCCUCUAUCUGUUAUUCCGACCACCCCAGUCUUGGAGACGGACAUGAUUAUGCUUGACUGUGCAUCUGAUGACGAGGACAUGUUGAGCGAUGGUAUGACUGCAUCAGAGCGGAAUAUCGCCGCCAACAACACCAUUUCGCUCAAGUUUUCAUCUCCUUAUUCGUCUCAAAACUCAUCUGUAUUCUCAACCCGGUUCCAAACCCCUUGUUCAUCUCAAGCAUUUCCCGGUCUGCACAACACUAAUGACUCGACGCCAACUUCCUACGCAAUCUACAAGGAUGACGUGGAACUCGACAACGUCAACAAACUCCUCCUCAUGGACACUCGUAACAACCGUCACUGCCGUCGACCAACCUACGGCAAGGAGAAUAUAACCGGUUCAUUCUCUUCGCUACCUAAGGAGUUGUCAAAUACAUCGGAUACUCCACCAUUCUCAACACCUACAGGUGUAGUCAUGAAAUCACUGAGUACAUCAUCAUCCUCGUCGUCAAUACUAUCGCCAUCAACGGCAGCUACGAGACCCUUGUCGCCGACGAAGGUCACUAAACCGACUUUUAAUGGCAGCAACAAUACUAAUAUAACUAGUACUCGCAAAGCUGUGUCCGGCAGAGGAAAGCCUAGAAUCGGACUACGACGACUUUGAGUACCCUGCUUUUGGUACAUAAAAAAUGAAAAUAAACUGAUGACAAUGAUGAGAUAUGACAAUUCUACGAAUUUCAUUACACAAUCUUUUGGAUCUUGGUUUAGGCGUUUGUAUUGACGCGAUUUCAAGACUUCAUUUGCAUUUUUUGCACCGGACGGAUA